AGAUCAAACUCUCUAUAGCACUUCCACAAACUUCCCCAAACCUAAGUACCUAAUCUUUUUCAACGAAACUUGAAGAAAGAGAGUCAGUUUACUUCCUUUGGCAUAUGGAUUAGAAAUGGAACAACUGAAAGUGGAAUUCGAGGAAGAGACGGUGACCUACGGUGGUUCAGGGGCGGCUUCUUCGUCUGUCGGAUCGUCAUCGUCACCGCGACCAAUGGAAGGGCUUAACGAGACAGGGCCACCGCCGUUUCUGACAAAGACUUACGAAAUGGUGGAGGAUCCGGCAACGGACACGGUGGUGUCUUGGAGCAAUGGUCGUAACAGUUUCAUCGUUUGGGAUUCUCACAAAUUCUCCACCACUCUCCUUCCUCGCUACUUCAAGCAUAGCAAUUUCUCCAGCUUCAUUCGUCAGCUCAACACUUAUGGAUUUAGAAAGAUUGAUCCGGACAGAUGGGAGUUUGCGAACGAAGGGUUUUUGGCAGGGCAGAAGCAUCUCUUGAAGAGCAUAAAACGAAGGAGAAACAUGGGUUUACAGACUGUGAAUCAGCAAGGAUCAGGAUCAGGUAUGUCUUGUGUGGAGGUUGGGCAAUACGGUUUUGAAGGAGAGGUAGAGAGGCUAAAGAGGGACCAUAGCGUACUCGUAGCUGAGGUAGUUAGGCUGAGACAGCAGCAACAUAACUCCAAGAGUCAAGUUGCAGAAAUGGAGCAACGUUUGCUCGUUACAGAGAAAAGACAGCAGCAAAUGAUGACGUUCCUCGCCAAGGCCUUGAACAAUCCAAACUUUGUUCAACAGUUUGCGCUAAUGAGCAAAGAGAAGAGAGGUUUGCUCGGUUCGGAUGUUGGUAGGAAGCGGAGGCUCACUUCUAGUCCAAGUUUGGGGACCACUGAGGAGAGAGUGUUGCAUGAUCAAGAGUUCGAUAGAAUGAAGGAUGAUAUGGAGACGUUACUUGCUGCAGCCGUAGACAAUGAGUCGAGUAAUUUGGUGGCUAGUAAGGAUGAGCAAUGUUUGGAAGCUAUGAAUGUGAUGAUGGAAGAUGGUCAUUUAGAGCCUGAGAUAUAUGUGAAAGUGGAAGAUUUGGUAGCUUCACCAUUGGAUUGGGGCAGUGAGGAUCUACACGAUAUUGUCGAUCAAAUGGGUUUUCUUGGAUCAGAACCUUAAAUAUACUGCUUUCAGCACUGUCUUGCGCGGUUUAAGUUGUGAUCUUAGAAGCAAACAUAUUCUCAACCUUCGACUCGGACCUGCAGUUUGAGCAUCGAGCUUGUGUAAAAGAGACAAGACCUGUCUGUUCUUGCUUGGGAAGGGUGUUGUACGCGUGUGCAUAUGUAGCCUUGUAUAUGGUAAAUUUAUAUAAAAUUUACUUUAAAAAUAUUGUAUAAAAAAUAAAGUUAUAUUUUCAGCC